AUGAUUGCAGCUCUUUUAUUUAGGUUAAGCUAUUCUUUUAAUGUAAAGAAUGCUUUUGAUGACUGCACAGACGGUAUAACAUAUAGCUUAGGAGAUACGGCUCCAGAAGAUUAUUCCCAAAAUAAUACUUAUUAUUUUCGCUUCGAUUCAAAGCCAUUUAUUUGUCUCGAAGGAAAUGGUGUCAUAGUUGCCAAAGAAGCAAUUAAAGUUGAUAUUAAAUAUGGAUAUUAUGAAACAGAUAAUUCAGGCGUGAAAUCUGAGAAGUUUACUGAAGCAGAUCCAACAAAGGAUAACGUUUUAGUUAUUAAAGGCGAUGUAACUCAUACACCGAUUGCCAAAAUUUAUGCUGGAACUAAUACAAAUAUAGCAGUCUUCAAAAUCAUGCCAUCAUUCAAAGAUGAAGCAUCAGGUAUUGAAAUGAACUCAGUAUUUACAUCAACGGAAUCUUUUAAUUAUAAUUUCAAAUAUUCCAAAACCACUUCAUCAGAAAAAGCUCUAGCUCUAACAGUAGGAUGCCCUCUAAACGUUAAAACAAAAAUCAGUUCCAACAAUGAAGAAGCAAAAGUAAAAGUCUAUUCAUUGUACAAGGAACCUGACAUGACCUCACCAUUUGGCAACGGUUAUACCAUGUUAACAGUUCCUGCAUCUUCAACCAGCACCAAAGCUGAAACCACUUUUAAUUUCAAAAUGAGAUUAGAUCCAGAAAAUUUUGAAGAUCCUUUCACUGCUUUUAUGCCAAGACUUUUUGUAGCCAUUCCUUAUACAAAAGGUGCUUACACAUUAGAUGAAGUCAAGCAAUUCAAUUCAACAGUAAGUAUUUUGGAACCUGGAACUCCAUUUGGCGAAACAGGAAAAGAUACAGGAAUCCGAGUUGUUUGCUUCAUCAACAGUACAAUAGAUGUAGAUUCAGUUGGAAUGUCAGAUGUUCCAGUUGCUGAAAAUUAUAUAUUUACUCUUUCUCGUGAUGAAACUCAAUGUCUUCGUGGUGAUUACGUUUUUGCUUCUAAGAGUGACUUUUCUGCUUAUGUUGCCAACUAUUCCGCGGACGUUCCAGAUAAAGAAUUUUCUAAGCCUUUCAGUAUUACUGAUUUUGUCGAAUAUCCAAUAAUUCAACUUAAAUGCAAGAGCGAUUCCUGCAAGAUUCAAGCAAUCCCAGUUUUUGCUCCAGGUGAAAAUAAAGAUGAUGGAAUUAAAGUUCGUUCAUUCUUCACAACAAAGUCAUCAGCUGAAAUUAAAGCUCCAUUGAAAAAUAGUGAGGAAGAGAUGGUUAGUUUUGGCUUAACUGUUCUAGGAAAAUCUGCUAGAAAACUUGAAUACAAAGCUGAUGCCGAUGACGAUAAGAUUGAACAUAAGACUUCAAAGACUUCUGAUGAAAAAGUUCAUGAAUAUAUGCCAGAAAUUAGCGACGAUGAUGAUGAAACAACGAUUGAUACAACAGUUACAGUUAAGAGUAGCGAAGGCAAAUCAUCUUCAGAAGAUGAUGAGAUGCUCUUCGAUGAUGAUUUAUUAGUCGAGUUACCAAUUUAUGGUGGCGCUUCUACAAAAGAUGAAGUUGAUUCCUAUUCAAAGAAUUCCGACGUUGCAAAGUCAAGCGGUGGUAAAUUAGGAGCAGGAGCAAUCGUUGGCAUAGUUAUUGGUGUCCUUGCAUUUAUUGCAAUUGUCAUCUUUUUGGUUUGGUUCUUUGUUUUCCGAAACAAAUCAGAUAACCAAGAUUCUGGUUCAGGUGAAAAAGCUUAA